CGAGCUGACUACCGCUACACACACUGAGUGGGACCGACGACAGCCACCAGGAAAAGGGCCUGCCCGAUCGGUGUCCCGCAAUAGAAAAAAAGGGAACUUCAACAGGCUCAAAAGACAACCGGGUAGUUGACCGGAUCCAGAAAAACUGCGGGGGGAAAACAAAAUUUAACGGGCAGAGAACCAUCAUAUAAAACCUUUACAAGAGGGACCGCUAUUCGAAACAGACGUCGUAAGGACUGCAGCUGGUCGAGAAGGGAAAGUGGUCAGCAGCAGUGAACUUUAAUUCGUUCUCUUAUCUGUAAAUAAUUGACUCUAGUCAUUGUUUUGCCUCCCGCGGUCCCAUUCUCCCGCUGCACUUGGACACCGUCUUCGAUUCACUUUUGCAAGAGGAAACGGCGGUUAUAUUUUAACACACCUGCUUGGUACUAUUGCUGCAGAUUGACACACAUAUUGUUUGCAGCGAGCGGACUACAGCUAAAACUGAGUUAUGCAUGCUUGGGUUUCCGCGUGGAGUCUGUAAGCCAGGAGUUAAUUUCGGUGACCUCGUGAGUGACCGGACUGGGAUCUGGACUAUGAUGGCAUCCUCGUGGGACAUCUCAGCGUGGUUGCUGUGGAGACGGGUAUUGCUUUCUUCACUCCUGGUGCUGUGGGUCAGCGGUCCCCGGUCUGAAGCGGGACAGGAGGACGCGUUCCACGCAGAGGCAUGGUUGAGGAUGUACGGCUACCUCCCCCAGGCCAGUAGACAGAUGUCCACCAUGAGGACAGCCCAGAUCCUGGCCAAUGCUGUGGGGGACAUGCAGCGCUUCUAUGGCCUGGAGGUUACUGGCACCAUGGACCCUGCAACCAUCACGGCCAUGCGGAGACCCAGGUGUGGUGUGCCUGACAAGUUCGGAGGUCAGAUUAAGACCAAUGUGAGGAGGAAACGCUACGCUCUGACUGGACACAAGUGGAACAAGAGUCACCUGACAUUUAGCAUCCAAAACUACACCCCCAAGGUGGGGGAGUACAAUUCAUUUGAGGCAAUUCGUCGAGCUUUCAAGGUGUGGGAGAAGGUCACGCCCCUCACUUUCGACGAGAUCCCUUACCAGGAGAUCAAAUAUGGCCGUCGCAAGGAGCCCGACAUCAUGAUUUUCUUCGCCUCCGGUUUCCACGGUGACAGCUCACCCUUCGAUGGCGAGGGCGGGUUCCUGGCUCACGCCUACUUCCCUGGGCCCGGCAUGGGGGGAGACACACACUUUGACUCUGACGAACCCUGGACCCUUGGGAACCAGAACCUGCAAGGUAACGACCUCUUCCUGGUGGCUGUCCAUGAGCUAGGCCACGCCUUGGGCCUGGAACAUUCCAACAACCCUAUGGCCAUCAUGGCUCCUUUUUAUCAGUGGAUGGAGACAGAUGACUUUCAGCUUCCCGAGGAUGACUUGAGGGGUAUACAGCAGAUCUAUGGUCAGCCAGGCGGCACCCCCACCCAGGCCCUCCCAACAGUGACCCCCCGCCGUCCGGCCAAGCCGGAGCCCCGCCCCCCCCAAACCCCCCCUCGGCGUCCGGACCGCCCACGCACCACGGAGCGUCCGGACCACUACGGCCCCAACAUCUGUGAGGGCAACUUCGACACGGUCACUAUGCUGAGGGGGGAGAUGUUUGUCUUCAAGGGGAGAUGGUUCUGGAGAGUUCGGAGAAACCGGGUCCUGGACAACUACCCCAUGCCCAUCGGACACUUCUGGAGAGGCCUGCCUGGGGACAUAGAUGCUGCCUAUGAGAGACACGAUGGGAAAUUUGUCUUCUUUAAAGGUAAUAAAUGGUGGCUGUUCCGGGAGGCUAACCUGGAGCCUGGCUACCCCCAGGAGCUGGUGGACUACGGCAGGGACAUCCCUUACGACAACAUCGACACAGCCAUCUGGUGGGAGCCGUCUGGGUUCACCUACUUCUUCCAGGGAGACUGGUACUGGCGCUUUAACGAGCAGUCGCGUGCGGCAGACAAAGACUACCCUAAGCCUAUCAGUGUGUGGGGGUCAGCAGUGCCCUCGUCUCCCAAGGGGGCCUUCCUCAGCGAUGACGGAGCCUACACCUACUUUUACAAGGGGUCCAAGUACUGGAAGUUUGAUAACCACCGUAUGAAGAGUGAGCCGGGGUACCCCAAGUCCAUCCUCAGAGACUUCAUGGGGUGCAGUGUGGACGUGGACGUGGACCGAGACCCCGACACGUCAGACCCGGGACGCAAACACCCGGACCUGGACCGGCCGCCCGUUAACCCCGACGCCACAGACAAAGACCGGGACAGGACCGGAACCGGCGGUACCGGUGGCACGGGGUCAGACACCAAUGACGUGGACUAUCGAGAGGAAGUGGAGGAGGAGACCAACGAGGUGGACGUGGUGCUGAAGGUGAACGACAGCGAGGAGCGAACCAUGAAUAUCAUCAUGGUCACCGUGCCACUGGUCCUGGUGCUGUGCAUUCUGGGAUUGAUCUACGCCAUUAUCAACACUCUGCAGAGGAAGGGCGCGCCACGCCUUUUUGUCCACUGCAAACGCUCCUUGCAGGACUGGGUUUGACAACCUCUGACCCUUGACCUGUACUUGACCCUAACAUAUUCUUUCGACCACUUCCCCUUCAACCACUCCACCUCACCACCUUCUUACCUUCAUCAAUGUGGUAGUAGAUUUAUACUGGCAAAUACUGUACAUACACACACACACACACACACACACACACACAGACACGCACCCACUCACUAUACCCCCAUGGUGCUCUGCAAUGCGUUGACUGUAUUCUAUUUAUACCAGAGAAGUUUGCACAUUGUUUUUCAUGUUUUAUGUUGAGGUUCAUAUUGUGUGAGAUAGUUUACGUGUAUUUGAAGGGUGUGUGACCUCCCUCCUCAGUCCUCCCUCCCUUCUCUGUCGUCCCUCUAUCCGCUCUCCCUCUUCUGUCCUUUAUCACUUUCUCCUCUCCCCUUCCUGCUCCCUCCAUCCUCCCGCCCUCUCUCCCUAAGGAUUCAGCCCUCUUCAGAAGAUCAGAGGACAGACAUGAGCAGGAGAGACACAAAACAUGGCUGUGCUUUUAUUAUUUUAUCUCGUGUGUUUGAGUGAACGGUUACACCCUGUUAGAUAAUGGCCCCUGCUUCUCAGAACUGUAACGUGAGAAGCCCCUGGCCCCCCCUGGCCCCUCCAACUCCCCAGGGCCCCAGGCUCUUCUGCUAAUCUUCUGCUCUCAAACACAGCAGGUGUGUGUGAACACUGCUAACCCGAGCCUUCACCUCCUACCAUGAGCUUCAGCUCAGCCACUACUGGGAUCCUCACAUCUCAGAGAGAGAGAGAGAGAGAGAGAGAGAGAGAGAGAGAGAGAGAGAGAGAGAAAGAGAGAGAGAGAGCCCAGGAGUUAGGGGGAGAUAGCUGGAAAGGGAGGGUGGACGUGAGACUGGGGGAAGGGAAUGGGCCAUCUGUUGGAGUUCAAAGAGGAGGUUGUGAAGUCCAGAAACUUUAUCUGAGGAGUAUUACUGCUGGAUGAUAGCCAAUAAGACUGAGUUGGUGCUGGUCUGGGUCUGCUUAUACAGACAGGGGGGGGAAGGGCUGGGGUGCGUGGGGCUGGAGGGUGAGGAGAGGGAAACAGAUGAGAGGGGGGAAGUGUUGAGGAGAGACUGGCGUGGGGGAGGGGGUGGCGGGUGAGAUUGGCCUUCGGUGCUUUCCCUGUUAGGACUCUUUCUGGCCUUGUGUCAUGUGACCCACAUUCUGCAGAUAGCUUGACUGUAGCCACCCGCUCCCAGGGCCAGUACAGUCCUGAUAUGACACCACACACACUCCUGAUUUAACACUACAUACACACACACUCCUGCAACGACAGUACAUAGGCACUCCUGAUUAAACCCUACAUACACACACAUACUCCUGAUAUGACCCUAUACACACACAAACACACUCCUGAUACGACACUAUGCACACA